UAUGCCUAUAUCUUCCAUCAUUCUUGAACAGAUAUUUGAAAAGUUCAAUGCUUCUCCAACGUUUCCUUCUGGAAUGGCCAAGCAUCAGGAACUCGUGCCAUUCUACGCCACUCUACUCGAAGCUUGUUCUUACUCGAAGAACUUGAAGAAUCUGAAGCAAAUCCACGCCCACACCAUCAGACUAGGAAUUUCACGCAAUGACUUCAUCAAAACCAAGCUCGUAUCAUGCUACGCUUCCUGUGCCCAAUUGCACCAAGCCAACAUUCUCUUCUCCUUCACCAAUCGCCAACCCACUUUCCUCUUCAACUCCCUCAUCAGAGCCAAUGCCUCACUCAAUCUCUUCUCCCAUUCCCUCUCGCUCUUCCGCCAUAUGCUCCGUUCCUGGAAGCCCUUUGAUCGGCAAACGCUACCUGUGGUGCUUAAAUCCUGCGCUGGGUUAACGGCGUUGCGGCUUGGUCAGCAGGUACAUGGAGCUGUUUUGGUUAAUGGGUAUGGCUUAGAUUUGGCAAAUUCGAAUGCUUUGAUUGAUAUGUAUGGGAAGUGUGGUGUUUUGUAUUGUGCGCGCAGGGUGUUUGAUGGAAUGCCGCAGAGGAAUGAGAUCACGUGGUCGACUAUGAUGAAGGGUUACGGAACGCAUGGGGAGUUUGGAGAGGUGUUUGAGUUGUUUGAUGGAAUGGUGGAGGGAGGGGUGAGGCCUGAUGGUGUGACUUUUACUGCUGUUUUGACUGCUUGUAGUCAUGGGGGGUUUGUAGAGAAGGGGAGGGAGUAUUUUGAGAUGAUGGAGGCGAGGUUUGGGGUGAAGCCUGGGCUGCGGCAUUAUACGUGCAUGGUGGACAUGUUGGGGAGGGUUGGGCUGUUGGAGGAAGCUGAGAAGUUAGUUUGGGGAAUGGAUGUUGAGCCUGAUGAAGCUUUGUGGGGUGCCUUGUUGGGGGCAUGUAGAACUCAUGGGAAUGUUGAGUUGGCUGAGAGAGUUGCGGACAGGGUUUAUGGGAGCAGAAUAAUGUCUUGUACACCCUUCUCUUUCACUCACACCGAGAGUCAUGUAAGAAGAGAAGAGAGAGAUAUGAGUGAUAUGAUCAGUGAUGCGAUAGAAAAUGCAAAGAGAGAUAGAAAAAAAAGAGCGGAAAUGAGGUGAAAAAAAUAGAAGAAUGUUUAUAAAUCACUACUCGUUAUCAGCGGGAAGCGGAACCGUGUGUUACCUCAUCAGUUUGAAUUUUACUGAUGUUAGGAUGACCCCAUUACACCCGGUGAAAAAAAAGGUGAUAUGAUGAAAAAAAGAAGAUAGUGAAGAAAAAGAAAGGGGUGAAAUUAGAAUUGAAGAGAAAGUGGUUGUGAAAGGAUAAUUUUUUUUAAUUUAAAUGUACAUUUUAUUUAUUCGUUUGAAUUGAUUGUAGUCAAUCAUUCUUAUGGUCAUUGCAGACUUGGUAAAUUUGGUGAUGUUGAAAGUAGGAAGGAGUGAGCACCAAAUCUUAUCGUUAAUUAUCUCUUAUUUUUCGCUCU